UCUGACUGGCUUCAAAUGCCUUCAAUCUGUGGAACACAGCAGCGUUGCAAGAUGUAUUUGGCCAAAUCCCUGUUUGUGUUUCAGUUGGGGGAGAAUGACUACAGCAUCCAGCUGGUCAAUGGAUCCACAGUAGACGAGGCCAGCAAGAACAUACCCAGAAUAGUGAACACCAUCAUAUCUGGUGUGGAGAAAUUAAUGACACUCGGCGCAGUUGACAUUGUGGUGUCAGACAUCGCUCCGAUGGGUUGCUUUCCAUUUUACCUGAGCAUGUUCGAGAGCUCCAACAAAAGUGACUAUGACAAGUACGGGUGCCUGAGAAACCACAACGCGUUGUUCAAAAGGCACAACUCUUUCCUCCAGAGCAGCCUCCCAAAGCUUCAAAAGAAGCAUCCACGCACACGGAUCAUGUAUGCCGACCUGGCAAGCCACAUCUACCAAAUAGUGCAAGAUCCCAGAAAAUUCGGCUUUGAGACCGCCCUCAUGAGCUGUUGCGGAAAGGCCGGUGCACCGCAUAGAUUUGAUCCAUUCAACUUGUGCGGGAUGAAUGGCUCAAGCGUUUGCCAUGACCCAGGGAGCCACCUCCUCUGGGAUGGUAUGCACCUGAGCGACACCGCUAACAGACGGAUCGCCGAGGGCUGGCUCAGCGGCCCGUACUGCCACCCACCAAUUCUGCAGUGAAGGUCCUUGCUAAAUGGGUGCAUAUACAGACACAAACAGACUUCUGGGGACUGCAUGCAUAUGUUGUGCGUACUUCCUUUGUGGGAAUAUCCUAUGUACCGAAAUUACAAAACAAUAUUGAAACAUGCUGUUUUCUGGUGCUGAUUAAUGUGGUUGAUGCAAGCUACAUACACGCAUGCAAGUGGACACGGGGCAUCAGAUUCCCAAGUGCGUCCCAACACCACAAAUUUUGUCCAUGUGUUCGGCUGAUUCGCUCGGCUUUGUCGGUUGUGAAAUAGUGAACGGGUCAGAGUAAAAGAGACUAGUGCGCACAUACUUGACUUACAUGGUGUUAUGUGCAAAUACCCC